GUAACAGAAGAGGAGUUUGAAUUUUACGAGGCUUUACGCGCUCAAGACAGGCGGAAGAAGCUGGCGAGACAGAAGGAGGAGGAUAUGAUGCGCGAUGAGUUCCACAAGGCUCGAGAGGCUUCUCUGAAGGCGGGUUCUGCUUCCUCAAGCCACACGCAUCGCAGCACGGAGUCUGAAGGCAGCCUCUCAUCGGGAGGGAAGCCUUCACCUUUCUCUAUGCUAGGCUUGCAGAAACAACGCUCGAAAAUGUCGUCACCGUUUGGAGAUGAAUGCAUCUUUGAGGUGACAACCAAAGUAUUCCAAGAGAAACAAAGAAAGAGAGCUCUUGAGUCUCGUCCUUCCUUGCACCUGAUUAUCAAGAAGCCAAAGAGCGCCCAAUCUGCAACAACUCCUUCGGGGGAGAAGGCAGAGGACGCAAAAGGAGGCGAGGGAGAGGAGAAGGCUGCAGCAGCAGUUAGCAGUGAAAGCUCUUCCAAAGACUCAAAGGUUUCAAGCACUACUCCAGCUGAUGCAAAAGAGGAGGACAAGAAUGUUUUCGCCUCCCUUUGUGAAGCCUACGGAGACAGUGAUAGUGACGGCUCUGGAUAA